AUGUUUCCGCCACCGGAGGAGCAUUCUCGUAUGUUGGCUGCUGAGACCCGAGUCAAGCAAGCUGCUCAAAAGAUAUUCCAGCCAUAUUGGUUGCAGCGGGAAAGGGUGGACUGGUACUCUUCUUAUCAUAUCGGCCAGGCAGUAGCCAGUAACUACUUGCUGAAGGAGCGUGUAUUCAUCGUCGGUGAUGCGUGCCACACUCAUCGCGUAAAUCCUUGA